CUUUUAGAAAUAUAUUCUCCCCGCGGUUUGAAUCUGGAUCCAAGGGGAAGCGAGCGCAACUCCAACUCGCCGGCAGCGCCUCUACUGUCGAGUCGCGAGGUGUUUCAGCCGCUGUCAGCAAGCGAGUUGAUGGCAGCAGGGAACGCAACGGUGUGCCGGCGAGUGCAGGGCGUCUACCGAGCGCGCACCGCAUUGCUGGGUGAACGCGCCUCCGCCGUGGUCGCGCUCAUCGACCGCCUUAACGCUCGACUGCACACGCUCACAGCGGAGAACCGCGAGACUCGUGCCCACUUCUCGCUCUCGCAAUCGGCACGACACAACUCACCGUACUUGGUGGCUAGAUACGUGACCGCGACCAUUUCGGUGAGGGAACAAGAGCAGUCAACUUUUUGCUACACUCCCUAUUUGCGUCCAUUCCAUCGGUUCGAUCAUUUAAUCGGAAUCCUGUCAAGCACAGUGAGUUUGUGGCUAACUCUCAUAUUGGUGGUUAAAAUGCAUCGCAAGAAUUUUCGUGAUCGGAGGGCACAGCUGCUCGGAUUGCACCGUCUACCGUUGGAUGUUGGUGCGCCUAUCGAUGUCGCCACAUCCGCAGCCAGCGGCCAUGAGAACAACGCCAAUCCGCUUCCUGAGGAGGCCUACGACCACUGCAACCUUGCAGCGUCUCAGUCGAUGCCACCGAAACUUAUCCAACUCGGAGAAGGCGGUACGUGGUUGUCGCGUCUUCUGUUAUACCCUCUUUCCACGCUUCACUCUCCAAUUGAUGUCCUAAUCAUGAUAAAACUGUUCUUCCCUGGAUGCGACAUUGAUGGACCUAACUGGUUUGCUGGUGCAAUCCAGGCAGUGGGUCAGUUGAAUGCACGCCCACCUCGGGAUCCACCGGAAAUGUGGUUGACAGUGCCAACUUCAAUGUUUGAGAUGACAUCUCAUUCACUUCAAACACCAAAGAUGCCACCAACAAUAUUCUACAACCGCCGGAUCUCACAGAAGCCUUUGAAGACAACGUGCGGCCAUGUAGCGCUACUCGAACCCUCUGCUUCCGCUUCCUCUUCCACGCAGACCGUCAUUUUGGACAACCUUCAGAACCGCUUUUGA